CCAAGCCCCGCCUGCCCCGUCUGCCGGGCCAUGGUGGCGCUGAAGGGUGUCCCCGCACUGCUGUCCCCCGAGCUGCUCUACGCGCUGGCGCGGAUGGGGCACGGGGACGAGAUCGUUCUUGCGGACUUGAACUUCCCGGCCUCCUCCAUCUGCCAGUGUGGGCCCAUGGAGAUCCGUGCAGACGGCCUGGGCAUCCCGCAGCUCCUGGAGGCCGUGCUGAAGCUGCUGCCCCUGGACACCUAUGUGGAGAGUCCGGCUGCAGUCAUGGAGCUGGUGCCCAGCGACAAGGAGAGGGGCCUGCAGACCCCAGUGUGGACGGAGUACGAGUCCAUCCUACGCAGGGCCGGCUGUGCGGGUUCCCUCCAACCCUGCCAUUUUGUCUUCCAGAGAGCCCUGGCAAAGAUAGAGAGGUUUGAGUUUUAUGAACGGGCUAAGAAGGCUUUUGCUGUUGUGGCAACGGGGAGGGCAGGUGGCAGGGGCUGGCCUGGACGCUUCGGGAGGAACUGUCGGCUGGAGAGGCCUCGGUGUGGGCCAUGCCCUAUGCCUGUGGCAGUAGGUGGCCUCCCGCUGAAAGCCUCACUUGCCCUGGCAGGCAGGGGAGGUAAAGGACACGAGGUCAUUUGGAGCCCAGUGCCAGGCAGAGGUGGGAUGCAGGGGGUUCCUGAAAGGGGGUGCCUGGGAGGCUUGCCCAUGGGAUGCUUGGGCCGGUCCCCAAGGAUGGGGAAGAAUAACCACCAGCCACUGUCCAGACCCUGGGCCUCUCCCCAGGACCCUCGUCCUGCUCCCCAGAACUUGCUGCGGUGACAGGUACAGGAAGAAGAUGGGGCAGGGCUGGAGUUUGAGGGACCAAGGGCAGGAUUGGGGAUGACAGGGUCUUCCCCCAGGGCCUG